GCUGCGGGGCCGGGCCAUGGGCAGCGUGCGCUGGGCCUUCCCCUGCGGCACCUGGCGACCCUGCCGCCGCGAGUGGCUGCUGGCCACGCAGCUGGUGCAGCCCGAGGAGAAGGAGCGCAUCGGCCAGUUUGUCUUUGCCCGCGAUGCCAAAGCUGCCUUGGCUGGUCGCCUGCUGAUGCGGAAAUUAAUUGCAGAAGAGCUGUGCAUACCUUGGAAUGAAGUACACUUGCAAAGGACAUCAAAAGGAAAACCUUUCCUGGCCAAUAACUUACUCGAUGUCCAUUCAAAUUACAACUUCAAUGUCUCUCAUCAAGGAGACUAUGCAGUCCUAGCAGCUGAGCCUGAGCUUCAAGUUGGCAUUGAUAUUAUGAAGACUGAUUUACCAGGUAGUAGCUCAAUUCCAAAUUUCUUUCACAUAAUGAAGCGACAGUUUACUGAAACGGAGUGGGAUGUAAUCAAGUCUCUGAGUAAUGAAUGGAGGCAGCUGGAUAUGUUUUAUCGGCACUGGGCCUUAAAAGAAAGCUUCUUAAAAGCCAUUGGAGUUGGAAUUGGCUUUAACUUGCAGAGAAUUGAAUUUAAUGUGUCUCCAUUGCAACUGGAAAUAGGGAAGGUGUAUAAGGAGACAAAAAUGCUUCUGGAUGGAGAAAAAGAAGAGGAGUGGACAUUUGAGGAAACCCGCUUGGAUGAUCAACAUCAUGUUGCAGUGGCACUUGGAAAACAGGAGGGAUCUGUACAGAAGGAUUCUGAUGUCCGUUCCAUGGAGCCUAACCAACCGCAAUUUACAGUAUUGACUUUCGAAGAUUUAGUUGCGUCUGGUAUUCCAGUCACACCUGAGGAUUCUGCAUAUUGGGAUAAUUUCUGUUUAAAGCAGGAGGGUCCAGUGAGACAGAGCUCACAUUCAAGAUAAGACUGUGUAUAAGAAAAAGAAACUUAACCAAAGUUCUUAUGCUGUUGUCCUGUUUAAUUUGAAGUAUGGGAAUAAGUGCACAUGUGUAAAUGAAGUGGAUCUUUCCCUGUUUAAUCUGAUAACUUGAUUUUGAUGACACUUCAUUGGAAUUGUAAAGAAGACUUAUUUCCUUACUGAAGGAAUUCUGAAUGAAAAGCCUAAACCAACAUGCCUUUUUGCAUCUCCUUUCCUGUGGCUCUUACAAUUCAGGAAUUAUCCAGGCUAGGAACAGAAAGCAGUUGUAUAAUAAUGUUGUUUAUUAAUGAACAAGUGCUUAGUAUAUAAAAAUGUGUUUCCGUACUUAUUUAUGUUGAAACUUAAAUUAUGAUGCUGCUUUUUCUCAUACAAAAAUUAUUCAUUUAUGUUCAGAUGGACAAAUAAAGUCAGGAAAAUUGGUACAAAUUCUUGCGCUGUUACUGUGUGAUGCAGGUGUUUGUACAACACUUGGUAUUGUACACCAAGGCUGAAAAGGUCUGAGUCUUAGUAGUCUUGGAGCUAUAUGUGUGCAAAAAUAGUUUGAGACAGGGAAUUAGCUUACAAAUAUUUCAUAGUCUUUUCACUUCUUAUAUUUGUUUUAAAGCUUCCUGUAUGCAAUUUAGUAUUUGUCUUUUAACAGUUCUUUUUUGUAUUUUGUCCCUCAGCGAUAGAUGCAAACCAAGCAGCAGUUCAGUUUUCCUAGGCUUGCAUUUGCAUCAGCCAUGGAGGAAACCCAAAGAAAAAAAAGCUAUUUACUUUUUUCCAAAUAGUCUUGUAAUACCUGAUGACAGAACAUUUUACUGUCCUAACAGUAAAUGAAAGUUUCUGGAGAUCUAUAGAUUUUGGGUGCACAUCUAGAAUAUUUUGUCUUCUUUUUCAAAAUAAAUCCUGUUUUGUGCCAUUACCUCUCACUCUUCUUUCUAGAAAUCAUAGAUACAAUGUGGUCCAUCUAAAUUUGAGAAAACAUACUGAACAGAAUGAUCUUUGCACAAAAAUAAUUAACUUCUGUCCUACAGUUAAACAUUGAAUUUGGGGUUGUGUGCAACUAGGCUGCACACUGUAUUCUGGUGUAUACCAUGAAAAGGAGAAUCUACUUGUAGUGUACCCACUGAAUCUGUGCCUUAUUACAAAGACAAAGAAAAGUUUGCGAGAGAGGAUAAUUUUUACAACUGUUUUACAAGCAUUUGGAAAUCUGCUGUAGAUAAUUCUGAAUUCACACAUGCUAUUAAACUCUCCUGCUUCCAGUGCUAGUUAAUAUUUUUGUUUCCAUUUCUAUGACUCUUCAUCCUGCAUGGUAAUCAUAGUUUUUAGUGUUUUGCUUUUUUUUCCUCCAGAACUGCAAAUCAGUGAAGCAAUGACUCUUCCCUUCAGACUCCACAGGGGCUAAAUUAGAUGUUCAGUAACUUCAAAUAUGAAGUUUAAAAAAAAUACAGAAUAUUUUAUAUAAAAAUUCUAAACCAUGUAUUCCAGAUUUUUUUGUCUUUCAGAAAAAUGAAAUUCAGUUUGCAAUAAUUUGCAAUCCACAGAGGUCCAGUAUAUGCCAAUCAGUCACUGGACCCAUCAAUUGCAGCUUUGCUAGACAGUUUGAAGUUGCCAGCUUUUUUGCAAUGAAUCAAACUGCAUGUAAGAGAUGACCUCAAUAGAGAAAUUUUGUAUUUAGAUUUCUGGAAAUAAGAGAGUUAAUUUCAUAUUAGAGACUAGUUGGUUUUGCAUGGAAGCAGUGUCUCAGACCAGAAAUUUUCUUUCAUUGGAAAGAGUUUUAAAAGUAUUAAUGAAUUAUUUAUAAUAUUGAGCUUGCAUGUAAGUAGAGGACAAACCAAUUUUCUUAGAUUAGAAGUUAGAAAAUUUUGUUUGGUUUUCUUGCAAGGAAUAUGAUCCUUUUCAAGACUGUAUCUAAUUAGAAAGACCUAAAAGAGUUUGUUUUGGUUGGUUUUCCAUGAAACAAAAUCUUCAUUUACAGUGGUUCAUAAAGAAUUGUCUAGAAGAGUGAAGUCUCACAUUCUGAUUUUUUCCCAUGCCUUUUAAUUUACACUGAACUCUUUGAAAAAUGAGAUUAAUCUCCUUUUUAAUCUUAAUAGCAAUGAGGUUAGGUGAUGGUAAUGCCUUUUGAAGAGCCACUUGAGUCAAGUUGUUUCAUAUCAGUGCAAAUGGGCACAGUUAUUACACUUGCUUUUACCUCAGUGGGAAAGAGCAUCUGGAUCAUUAUGGAAUUUUUGGCUAAAAGCAUGCUGCUAAAAGGCCAGCAGGACAUUCUGACUCCUUAUGAAUGUGAAUGAUCCUUCUUAAAGUCAGAAAAAAGUUUUUCUGGGUAUCUGUGCUGUGGUGGCACAUACUGAAAUAAGCCUUUCUAGUGUGUACAAAUAAAUUUAUGUAAUUUCGCUGUUCUAAGAUUAAUUUCUUUUUUAAUUCACCAUCAGACUUUUUGGUGAUAAAAAGAUAAUUGAGUCCUUUCUCCACACAAGGCCAUAACACUGACUUACUUGCAUUUCCACAGAAUAGAGUCCUAAUGGCCACUGAGUCCCUCUGCCGUUUUAGAACAGCUCCAGCUUCCCUCACUAGGUCAAGCUGUCAACCCAGUCCAGGGUAGGUGAGCUGACCUUUGUUUAGUUUUCUAGAUACAGUCCUUGACAUAACUGUACCACAAGUCUGAGAGGUUAAGAAGCUGCAAAAACACAAGCUCUGCUCCACACGAGCCUUUCCCAGCAGAGGCUGCAGCUGGGUAGACUUUUUUCCCUGUGGAACAGCAUUGACCCAUCCUCCUGUUUCUCAAAUUCUCAGGAUUAGCUGUUAGAUUAGAUCUGCUGUCGUAGGUGGCAUAUCAACACAGUGUUUCUGAGAAGUACUUACUGACAGUCUCUGACCAAAACAUAAAUUUUAAGUUUUGGUCUUCAGUGAAAAGAUUGUUAAAAGUAAAUAGAUGUGUUUUAGUUUGGACUUGCUCAAACCUACUUGUAUAUUACAUCAAAAAUGGUCAAGUGGAUUAGGAACUUUGGGGGUAAAACUGGAUUCAAGGCAAUUAGCAACUGUGUGACAAGAGACAGGUGCCAUUUGAUAAGAAAAUCUCUGACUUUGAAAAGUAGAACAUGUGAGUUCACUCAGCCUUUUACAGAGUCUGUAACUUACACAAAGUGUAGAUUGUUGUUGUCUUAUGGGAUCAAGUCCAUUGAUGUAAAUCAAGUAUGCUCAUCUUAGACCAGAAAUCAGAGAUGCAUCAACAGACGUAGUGUGUAUGUGGUUGUUAUAUGUGUGCUCUGGGAAACAUCCAGGCAACAGCUCAACUUUUAAACAACCAUCAUUACCCAAGACACUGCAAUAAGGAGAUGAUUUGUGAAAAAAGUUUAAAAGAUGGUUAUGCAAGUCAGCAUAGUGUGCCCCUUUUUUUGAGCAUUAUAGUGCUAUAUUCUACAAAGAAGGUAAGUGGUUCUUGGGAAAAUUGAUACAACCAUGUUAAAACAGUGAUUGAGACUGUCAGCCGUAACUGCUGCCUAAUUCUGCAGGUGUGCUUCGUUGUCCUCCAGAAUACAGUUAGUUCAUUCUUUUUAGAAAACAUAAGCAUGAAAGUAGAUUCUGGAUUUUCAAGAGAGACAACAUUUGAAAAGUGGUUUUUUUAUUUUCAAAAAGUCAUUUUUCGUAAUAUGUUAUUUUCUUGAGCUGCACGUGCAGUUUUUUAUGGCCAGACACUGUAUAUGAAUCUCAUUUCUUCUAAGAUUGGGUAUAAUUUCUUUACUGCAAUAAAAUGUGGACUAUUUUGUG